AUGGGACUGCAGGGCGGGCUCUCGGGAGAGAGGAGGCGCAACGCCAUUGGUCGGCGGCAGCCUCGCCCCCCACCCCCUGCCCGCCCCUCCGCGCUCCCGCCCACACCCCGGUCCUCCCCGGGCCCGCCUCCCGCGCCCCUCCCGCCGGUGCCCUCAGCGCAGGCAGCGCAGACCGUGUGGGGAGCGCGGGCACGGAUGGGAGACCGGGUACACCUGGCGAAGCCCAGGUGCUGCCCAUCGCCGCCCGUCGGGACGCGGCGGGGCGCCGGCGUGGCUCGCCGCGGCCGUCAGGUGCUGCGGACCCGCCCGCCGGAGCUUCCGGGCGCGCGUGUGCGCGGCGGGCGCCCCCUGAACACCCACCCCCCCCUCCCACCCCCGCACACACGCGUGUACCGGCGAUCACGGAGCGAGCGGCGGCGGGGGCAAAGCGGCCCCCGGUCCCCCCGCCUCCCUGCUCCCCGUUCCUCCCCGCUCUCCCCUCCUCCUUGCUCCUCCUGCCUCCCCCCGCUGCCGCCGCUCCCGCGCUUUCACCGGGCGCGCAGGGGCUCCGCGGGGGGCGGAGGUGUCUCGCUUGUUUACGGCGGACCCGCACGCUCGUCACCAGGCGGGCCGCGCCCCGGGAUCAAUGGGAGCCUUUCUCUCCCCGCUCUCGGGGGGAGCCGCAUCCCCGCUCGCCUCGGGAACGGCGCGGGGAAGCCUCCCUUUGCACAUGCCCAGGAGGAAAACCGAGGCUGGGGUCACGCGAACAUCCAUCCGCGCUUUCUCGUCCCCCCGGUCAGUGCCGUCGGGACACGCUUUCAUUUGUCGUCCUGCGAGGAAGCUGAAGCAACCGGGUUUGCGUGUAAAGCCGAGGGGAAAAACAAACAACACAACAACUCAAACAAACAAACAAGGAAAAAAAAUACGAAAGUGAUGCGGCGCCUGCGGCUGUCGUUGUGCGGGGCCGCGGCCGAGCGCUCCUCGUGCUCCCGGCGGAGCAGGCGGCGGGGCCGCCCACAGCCCGCACCGCUGCCGCCGCUCUGCUCCAUCCUGCCCGAAAUUCUGCGCGGUUUGGGUCAUAAUAACCCAUUAAGAAAUCAACAUCUGUAA